GGCUCCAUCAUAACAAUAGAUCUGUGGAUACGGAGUCCACCUUACGAUCUUGAAAUUCGGACUUCAUACACAUCAUUGUCACCAGCUCCGCCUACAGUAUCACUGCCGCCUUGUAGGCAACCAACACGCGGAGGACUUGUCACAUCUGACUCAGUGCCUAGAUUACCACAACCGUAUAAGACGAAAGGAGGCUACCCUGAAUCACACUGAAUAGAAGAACAAGACGUACAACGGAAGCCCAGCGGGAUUCGUAACCCAACAUGGACAUCAGCACAGAGAAGAAUCCUCAAGCACCUCUACGGUUGCUCUCAUUGGAUGGGGGAGGUGUACGAGGACUCUCCUCGUUGAUGGUGCUUCGGGACUUGAUGCAGAACAUAGCACUAGAAGAGAAACGACUUGGGCGGCGGCCGCAAGGGGACCACGAAUCAUUGAGACCCUGUGAUUAUUUCGAUCUCAUUGGUGGUACAUCAACAGGCGGGAUCAUCGCGAUACUGCUUUCCCGACUGCGGCUCAAUUGCGAGCAGUGUAUAGACAUAUAUUUGAAGCUGGCGCAGAAGAUCUUCAAGAAUGAUCGAUCGUUCAAUGCCUUUGGGAUAAAAGUACCGACAGGGGCGACACGAUUCUCUGGGGCGAUUCUUGCCAAUGCGAUUAAGUCAUCGCUGAAAGAGCUCGGAUUCGACGAGGAUGAGUUGAUGUGGGAUAAGGCACUCUUUGAAGAGAUCGAAGACACGUCCGAACAGAGGAACAAUAGCAUCUGGGCGGACAUGGUUACUGAAAGCCCAGUAGCGGCUACAAAGAGCCAUGGGGCAGCUUUUGUAUCAACGACGUCCAACGAGAGCGCCUUCUUGCCGAAGCCAUUGCCGCCACGUACCGAUACGUGGAAAUUUCAGUCACGGCAAUCCGUACACCGAAAAGCAAACGCAGCCGGAUGUCGAGGCUUUGUCCUUACGUCCUUGAAGAACGCACUGGGUCUUCCUAGAAUUUUGUCUACUUAUGAUCCCAAUGACCGGACGACGCGCAUAUGGGAGGCUUUGCGAGCUACUUCUGCAGCUCCCACGUUCUUCGAAGAGAUGCAGUUCGGGACCCCUAAAGUGACAUAUCUUGACGGCGGUGUAGGGUUCAACAACCCCUGUGCCGAAGUCGACUACGCAGCCAAAGCUCUCUGGGAAGGUCGGUCAAUUGGCGUCAUUGUCUCGGUGGGCACCGGGCUGCAAAGUCUGUCGAGCGUCAAGAAGAUGGCAACAUGGUUACCGUUUGGUCUCGGCACGGACAUUUCGUUGGCCACUGCACUUGCUGGCAUGGCGACGUCGACUGCACGGGUGGACAACGAGAUGAGACGCAUGUAUAACAACAGUGAUACCAAAUACUACCGCUUUGACGUCGAUCGGGGGCUCGCAAACAUCAGCCUGGAGCAGUGGAUGAAAGAAGACGAGAUGGCCUCGCUCACAGAGCAGUACAUGCAAGAUGGGGAGCAGGUGCGCCGGGCGCGAGAAUUUGGCGAGAUGGUGGCGAAGCUCUCCGCACUGCCGCCAAGAUUCGAAAUCCCGCCUGCGCACUUCAGGCUCGGUAUCAACGGACACGGGCUCCAAGAUGACACCUUCCAGCUUGUACAAGUCGACUUCAAGACCGGUAUGCUACUCGGCGCCACCACCCACCUUGGAGAGAUGCCGAUGUCGCAACUCCGCACGGCAUCCCCAUCAGGCGAAGGCGGGCUCGCGGUCGACGAGAACGGCGGUUUGCGAAAAGUCUACCCUGUGGCCGCAGACCUAGACCGCGAUGGGCGAUGCGAAGAAGCGGCGGUAUAUCAGUGUAUCAAAGCUGACAACAUCUGCAUGCGCAACAUCAAAACCGGUAUCCCGCCGGGACGGUACAAAGUGCAGUUCGUCGUCGCAUUCCACGAGGCCACACACGCACCGCCGCACGACUUGGUGUUCAGUGUUGGUCGGCCUUUCGAUGCAAGCACGUUCCAGAGUCGCUUUGUAGACGUCAAGAUUACGCCAGACAUUGCAGCGGUGCUCCUGCACCCUGAUGCUGUGCGUGUACGAGUCGGGAAGAUGAGGUACGAGGAGAGCAGAGGGAAGGGGUGGGUUGAGGUUGAGGGCGAUGUUGAUGUUAAUGUCGGGUUGGAUGGUGCGCUGGGCUUUAUUGUGAGCAAGCGUUUCGAAGAAGGGGUGUUUGUUGACGGGUGGAGCUUUGGGGGUCUGCGGCUUGAGCCCGUAUAUGGAAGUCAGCCCGUGAGUUCGCCAAGGAUACUGACUUGACAGAGCCAGCAAUAAAGAUUGUUAGAUAGAGCCUCACUUAUAUCGAAGGCUUCAAGCUCUUGUUUUCUUCUAAAGGGGUAAAGGGGUCAUGGUAGCAACUUCUUGCAUAGAGUGACUCAAACUCUUGAAAGUACUCGCAGCUAGUAGACCAACAUAAAUCUCAGGAGCUUUUUAUUAGCAAAAAAUAGCCCCAGAGUGUCUGC